UUAUUUUUCGUUUGUAUCAUGAAUCAGAUCACGAAGGCCUUAUUUAGCUUGUCCCCGAAAAGCCAUUAACUCAGUUAAAAUAUUCACAUUGUGUUUUAUAACCAGUGCCAAUAUUAGGCAUCAAUUUGUCUAAAAAACAUCAAUAUGCAGCAGCGAAUCUGGAUUCUUCUAAUCUUCUGGUGCAUGCUCCAGCAAACAACUGCUAGAUACAAGAAACGAACAGAUUCGUUUCAAGUUACUCGGAGGAUGAAAUCGUUACCAGCCGACAGUACUGAUUACGACUACGACUAUCACUUCGCAAAUCCAGAUUGGUCGCGCAUUUGCCUCGAAGACAGAUUUGAGGUUGAGAGGCGCCAUUUGGAAAACUUCCUGAUGAACAAUUCCAAUACAAAAGCCACUCUCCUCUCUUUGGGAUGUUCUAAGUAUGACCAUGAAUUUCUUCACGCGAUAUACGAGAACAAGUUCAAAGACCAGUUAUUCGAAAUCGAAUGCGGAGGUGUGACGUCAUUUUUAUGGUGGAACUCCAAUAAUAAAGAUGCAAUUAAAAUGUCAGUCUCUCCGACAAUACCAACCGAAGCUGAAAUAAACAGAGCACAUGGUGAAACGGAUGAGAUGUGAGUGAAAAAGGGAGACUUUAUGAUGAAAAGCUGGAUUAAAAACGAAUCUAAUUUAAAUCAGUUGAAGCAAAGCAUGCAGAAAAUAAUAACGAUUGAUAUUAAAGGAUGGUAUUAAAAU